AUGCCGUCCUUCAAGCCGUUCUCGUCGGUGACGGGGCGCAACAGCUACAGUCUGUUUGACAUUCGGCUAGACCAGGACAUUAUCGUCUUUCGGGGCAACGACCAUGAGUCGUCUGGCCAAUUCCUUAAGGGUGUUGUGGUCCUUUGCCUCUCCUCGUCGUUACGCAUUGAGGAUGUGCGCCUCCGUCUAACGGGGACCUUGCGACUAUCUACGCCUGGUGUGUCCGGUCAAAAAGUCGACAAGACGACGACGAUUCUCGAUCACCGAUGGGCGCCGUUCGUCGGCACGCAUGGGAAGAGCAUGACGCUUCCUGCUGGCAACUAUGAAUACCCUUUCGAGUUCCUUCUCCCCGGCGACACGGCCGAAAGCGUCGAGGGCAUCCCCGAAGCCUCCAUCACAUAUCGCCUCAAGGCCACCGUUGGUCGAGGCAAGCUGGCGUACGACCUGCAUGCCUACAAGCACCUGCGCAUCAUCCGGACGCUGGAACCCGGUGCUCUCGAAUUCCUCCACUCGAUGAGCGUCGAAAACACUUGGCCAGACAAGGUCGACUACUCAAUCAUUAUUCCACAGAAGGCGGUUGUCUUCGGUGGGACCAUCAACAUGGAGAUGAGAUUUACGCCACUGCUGAAGGGAUUGGAGCUCGGAGAGAUUACUGCCAAGAUGCUGGAGAUCAGAGAUACUUGGAUUCAAGGGGCGUCGGGCUACAACCUUCGAGAGCACAGGACUGAGCGCGAAGUGUCGACAUGGCGAUUCGAGGUCAACCGCGAGGAGCACUGGCAAAACAUGAUCGAGGACACGGGCCAGGAGGGUUGGGUUCUUGUGAAGCCGCUUAGCCUUCCCAAGAGGCUUCGGCAGUGCAUUCAGGACCUGAACCACCACGGCAUCAAGGUUCGACACAAAAUCAAACUUACCGUCGCCCUGAAGAACCCGGACGGACACAUCUCGGAGCUCCGUGCCACACUGCCCGUAUCGAUUUUCAUUUCUCCCAACGUCCCAUUCGACGAACACGGCAAUUUGGUCAACCAAGCGCCUGGAGCUCCGAGCCUCGACCAGGAAUCUGGAGCCAUUGCACCGCCUGGUUAUGGCGAGCACGUCCUCGACCAGCUAUACGAAGAUGUCGACACCGCGGGCUUCCAGACCCCUGGCAUGCAGACGCCCGGUAUCCAGUCAGGCGUGAGCAGCCCGUUCUAUGCUCAUUCGCGGACAGGGUCCGCAGACAAUCUGGCCGCAAUGACUCACAGUGCCCCGGUCGCACCGACUGCUCUAUCCGCGCGUCUUGCGGACGUUUCGCUGGAUUCAUCACAUCGAAACAGCUCCUGGACGUCGAUGCAUUCAGCAUCGGGCAGGAUGUCGCCGACAUCGGGGGCACAUGGCUCCGCCCCGCGAUCCGAGCCGCACUCGGCGAAUCUCACCAGGAGCAACAGCGAAGAAGACAACAGCGCUAGGAAUUCGGUGGAGCACGUCGACGUGGACGCGGCCGAGCUCGCGGAGCUCAACCGGGUACCGAGCUAUGCAACGGCGGUCCGAACGCCGGCGCGGUCUCGGACGCAGACGACCACCGGCCCCGUCCCGGACUACCUGACAGCUCUCAGCGCUCCCCGCACCCCCCCGGCGACAGAUCUCAACCCUGAGCAGCUUGCACCUAUAUCGGAGGACGGGUCUGGCGAGGGGCGCAGCAACGGCACCAUGCGGUCUGUUGAUCCGACAAUGUCAAACUGA